CCUCCGUCUUUUCAAUCCCUCUUCCUCUUCCACCUCCUCCUUCCCCAGGAAUGCCUCGACUCCUUCCGCCCUGCAGAUGAUCGUCGGUUUCUUAUCAUGGCCACCACCCUUGAACAACCCGCGCCCAUCGAACGUGCCAUCGGGCGGUCCCGGUCAGCCCGCCUGGCGGGUCAAGCUGCAACUGCGGCGCUCUAUGUGACCCAUCCGGAGCGAAGGUUGUCCGUUCGCGAGCCCUCCACUGCGGAAUCUGAAUUAGCCACUUUGAAGGCGACAGGCUCCCGCCCUGGCUUCAGUCAUGCGUCCGCAGUGGCUGCGCUCGCCCACGCCCGAUCCAGAGGACGGACGACGAAAGGAUCGGCCACAGCACAGCAUGUGGAGGAUAAUCGCGCGGUCGAGGUGCCAAGCCUGGAAGGAUAUAAGGCUGCCGCAUACGUUUUUAGGGAUCGCCGAUCGGUAGCCAGCCACUCCAGGACUUCAGAUAUCAAGUAUGACUCGUCCGGAGUUGGUCAGACGGUGGAGACGCGUUCCGGGACGACGGGUCCAGAUAGAACCCAUUAUGCUGUGACGGGGGCUCUAUAUGCGAACAGAAAGAGAGCCGAUUCCGCACCGUCAGAGGCGCCUCACGCAGGCAUGGACACGGACGAUGUCCUUGGAGAUCUCGACAGUGCCAUGGAAGCCAGCAGGAUCCAGCACAUUGCCAACACCAAUGCUCGUCUUUAUACAGCCUCCCCGCCCGUCUCUCCCGAGCUGGAGGACCACAAACGGAGGAGCAUUCUACAGGCUGCGGCAGUCUCCAUGGCGCGUGACAUGUAUGCGGUCGUCGAGGCCAAGGAACAGGAACAGAAAAGCCUCAGCCACAUACGAUCUCAGCGAACAGCAACUGGGGCAGAGCCGAUGAUUCUGCAACAGGCUUUUAGCUUACAGGAUGCUGCUGAGAAGCGCGCAGCGGAGAAACUGGCUAGCAUGCAGGAUGAGACGGCAAUUUACCGUGAAUACUACGGAAUUGAACCACAAACUACGCGCUCUAGCUUGCAGGUCCGCCGACGGAGACUGUCGAUCGACACGGAUGCUUCUUCGGUUGACGCAGAGCGGUCGAAGGAAAUUCGAAACCAGAUGUACAGUCUGCGAUCGAAGCUGGAUGCGGUGGAUGAGCGCAGAGAAAAGGACCGCGCUCUCCUGAUGGAGGCUGCGAGGAGGAACGUCGAUGCGACCAUCCAAGACAUGGAGAUGCGUGUAUAUGCCGCGACCGGGCGUGCCCCCGCAGCCAUGCAAAAGGGAAUGGAGGAAACUGCAUUGGCCCGCGCAAAGCAGAGACAAGAGACAGAUGCGCAGUACCAGUUGGCCGACCGGGUGAAUAUCAGCUCCGAGAAAUACAUCGACAUGGCAGACGUGGAGGCUCUUGCCCGUUCCAGGCUGCAGCCAACUUUUGACGAGAUCACGGACCGUGCGGACAUCAAGCGGGCCAGGGAGUUAGAGCAGCGUUUAGAUCAGGAAGAGGCCCAGAGAAGGGAGGCCAUCCAGCGCGAGCAAGAGGCUGACACCAGGGCGGAAGAGAAACGGCUGAGAGCGGCUCUGAAAUCCGAAUCCAAGUUGAAAGAGGAAAAAGCCUGGCUCUGGAGCAGGAAGUCGAAGCGCUUUUCCGACAUUACUGCCGGCGAAAGAUAUACCGUAACCGGGGCCGUCGACGGAGCGGCAGACGAGGCAGCCGCUGAGACUGCGCCGCGACAGACGUCUGUAGGAGAUAUUGGGGCCACGGUUUCAGGUGCUACUGAGGAGACCAGUCCUACCGAGGCUAUUUCCAAGUCUGAGUCGAAGCUUAGAUCCUGGUUCAAGGGAAGGCUGGGCCGUCGGUCUAGUGGCAUCGCAGCGGAAGCCGUGAAGGCAGGCAAGGGCACCCAGGAAGGAGCUGUCCCAGCGGAAACAGGGGCAGCGGCACAACAACCAGAGGAGACCCAGGCGAUUGAAGUGGUUGAAGCUGAAUCCCAGGAUAGCCGGGUAUCCCAGCCAGUGCAGAGGUCUGAAGGUGAAGAGGGCCAGACCUGGGACAUUGCCCACCCAGCCGACAAGGAUCCCGAGGUCCCCGAACUACCGGCUGCACCUGUAGCCCCUGAAAUCUCUGGACAAGGUACUGUUGCGGACGACUCUCGAGGAGCGGCGCUUGGAUCCCAUCCUGUGACGGCCAAUGACCUGACAAGGAUGUCGGUCGGUGAAGGUCAAGUGGAUGAGAGACAAGCCGAGGACCGCGACAGUCAGCAAUCACCCGACAGCAAAGAGGAAUCCGCGGCAGACAAGCGCAAUCGGUUGGUGACGGGGUUCAAGAAGAUCGUUUCGAAGAACUCGCAGGAGGCGAAGACGGACGGGAUUGGGAGCAAUGAUAUCGCUCGCCGAAGCUCUCAGGCGAUCCCCACCCCGGCAGUGGAGACGGAGGAGCGACGGCCAAGCGCCCCUGAUCCAGGACUGACUGUUCCUGCAGCCGUGGGGAAGCGAGCGAGCAGCGGGACUGGCCGGGAGUCGCGGUUCUCGGAGAAGCUGUGAUUGUGCAUUAACUUUAUACCUGGAUGGGUUUGUGAUAUUUUCGCGUGCCUGUGAUUAUGAUUGUGAUUGUGAUUGAUAUUUUGGGUGAUUUUGUGUGUACUUUUACGGCGGGUAGGGGAGACUGGGUACGGAGUAGCGAGUACAUAAUAUAAUAUGUUUGCUGUUUGUUGUCUGUACUACUACUACGGAGGCCUAGUACUUGUGCACACAGUAUGUGUUAAGUUACUCACUCGGGCGCUCCACCGCCAUUUGCCGCGCGGCUCCCCAGCGGCGCAUCCACGUUUCCUCUGGCUCCGAGA